UAUGUAUAUCAUUUGGACUCUCAAACUUUAGGGAUGAGGCUUUCAUUUUCCACCAUUCAAUGUUAGAUAAUAUAUAAAGUAUAUACUAUAUAGUAAUAUCAAAAUCUUUCCCUUUGUUGACACAUUGAUAAAAAAAAAAUGGCUCUGAGAAUGUGGGCUUCUUCAACAGCCAAUGCACUUAGAGUCUCUUCUACUGUUUCAAGAACCAAUUUUUCACUCUCUAGAUGUUUUUCUACUGUUCUUGAAGGGCUGAAGUAUGCAUCUUCACAUGAAUGGGUAAAGCAUGAGGGGUCAGUGGCAACAAUUGGAAUAACUGACCAUGCUCAGGAUCAUUUGGGAGAAGUGGUGUUUGUUGAUUUGCCAGAUAGUGGUACUUCUGUUUCACAUGGAAGUAGCUUUGGAGCUGUUGAAAGUGUGAAAGCCACCAGUGACAUUAACUCUCCGAUCUCAGGCGAGAUCGUUGAGGUCAACACAAAGCUCAGUGAAACACCUGGUUUGGUAAAAUGUCUACUAACUCAUAUAUCAACUCGAGCCCUUAUGAAGACGGAUGGAUGAUCAAAGUGAAGCCGAGCAAUCCAUCAGAGCUCGAAUCUCUGAUGGGGGCAAAAGAGUACACGAAAUUAUGCGAUGAAGAGGAAAUUCAUUGAAACUUGAAGGUGAUUUUGAAUUCACUUUUUAGACUAACAUUUGCUGAGAUAUUGUAAUGAAACUUUCUUGUCAGUUGUUAAAAUUUCACAAAAAUAAAUAAUAAGAUCUUUUUUUUUCA